CACGCCGUGUCCGCUCCCCUCUCAUCUUUCCAGGCCUUUCCUACAACUCGCCACGGAAUAUGGUCACACGCUCUCGUCGCUCCCUCUCGCCUCAGUGCCAACACUCAGAACCAAGUUCCCUGACAGGCGCCAAGAUGGCCAUUGGCGGUGUUGCCACGCCCCCCCCUCCGCGAGCUACAGCGCAUGCCCCGUUCGGCGAAGUCGCGUUCCCAGGGGGUGACGGGAAGCGGAAGUACUCGGAGCACCCGGGAGGGCGGCUGUAGCUCACAGAAGCUGUUGUCAUCCGCCACUGAGGUUUCGGGCUUUGGCGGAGAAGGCUGAGUGCACAACCGAGACCAUUGCUAACGAACUUCAGACUCCAGCACAUCAGCACCCUGACUUCCUCAGUCAGUCUAAGAAGCCCCAGCCUGAGGUCUCAGGAGGAGGCCUCCAUCCUUUGUCCAGAACAGAACAGGAUGGCCAUGUCCCAGGAAUCCCUGACCUUCAGGGACGUGUUUGUGGACUUCACCCUGGAGGAGUGGCAACAACUGGAUCCUGCUCAGAAGAACCUCUACAGGGAUGUCAUGCUUGAGAACUACAGCCACCUGGUGUCUCUGGGGUAUCUAGUUGCCCAACCAGAUGUGAUCUUCAGGUUGGGACAAGGAGAAGAGGCCUGGAUGGCAGACAGAAGGACCCUGAUGCAGAGCCGUCCAGGUGAGCAGAAUCCAGUCUGGCAAUUUGAUGAGCAGAUAGAUAACUACAAAGAAAGUCAAGACAGACCUCUGUGGCAAGCUGCAUUCAUAGACAAGGAAAUACUGAAGGAUGAAAGUAAUCAAGAAUGCAGAAAAAUCAUUUAUCUGAACAAAUGCUCUGUUUCUAUAGGACAAAGACUCCCUAAAUAUUAUUCGUGGAAAAGUUUUUCAAACCAUAAUUUUAAUUUUCUUAGUCAAAUCAGAAGCUAUGUAAGAAAGAAAAUAAUGGAUAUAAGGUAGAUUGGAAAUUAUGUCUCCAUUCUAAUGUUGAUAAAGCCCAACCUACAGAGAAAUUUUUGAACCCAAUCAACAAGGAAAAGUCCUCCACCAGAAGCAAGUCCUUAAUAAAAGAGAAUUCAAACUGGGAAGAAAUUCUAUGAUUAUACUGAAUGUGGUAAGAGUGUUUAUCCAGAAAACCAACCUUGUUGCCCAACAAAGAAUUCACACUGGAGAGAAGCCUUAUGAAUGUGCAAAAAAACCUCCAGCCAGAAGAUAGCCCUCACAGCACACCUGAGAACUCGCUUGGGAGAGAAACCCUAUGAAUGAAGUCAAUGUGGGAAAACCUUUUUCCAGAAGGCACCACUCAUCAAACAUCAGAGCAUUCAUAUAGGAGAGAGAAAUUAUAAGUGCAGUGACUGUGAGAGAACAGUGAGUGGGAAGUCCACUCUCAUUAAACAUCAGAGGAUUCAUACAGGGGAGAAGAAUUAUGAAUGUAAUGAAUGUGAAAAACUUUUCAGGACAAAAUCAACUCUCAUUGUAUAUCAUAGAACUCAUACAGGCAAGAAGCCCUAUGAAUGCAGAGACUGGGAAAGACUUCAGUGGGAAGACAUCUCACUAAACAUCAGAGAAAUCGCACAGGAGUUAAAACAUAAAGCCUACAAAUAAAUUUUCAGGUGGAAUAACUAUCCUUGAGUUAUACAUUGUUACACUGUGCAUCAAGAAAUCAGUGAAAGUAACCAUGUAAAUCUAAUGAAUAUCAGAAAGCCUUCAGAUAUUGUGCUCAGCCUUCAUUUGAUUUAAGAAUACUCAAUGUUGUAGUAUUCAAAGCAUGUAAUAAAUAUAAGUUCUCAUCCAGGAGUUGUAAUAUAUUGUUCAUCAAAGAAUUUAUGAAGGGCCAAAACCAGGAAUAUAGUGAAAUUUUGGAAAGAAAAAUCUCAUUUUAUAUUAGAGCUCUUAUGUUCAGGAGAUGUUAUCAAUUUCACAAGUCGAAGAACCCAGUUUUCCUACGUACUGUGAGGAAAAUCAUGUGUCAGAUACAUCAUUAUACAUUUUGUAGAAAAGAUCUCAGGUUUAUAUUAUAUAAACACUCACUUAUACACAUAUUAUCUGAAGAUUAUGUUAUAAACCUUUUGACUAGGAAGACUGUAAAAGCAGUCCUUGGUGGGCUUAUCUGUCAGAUUAAUUUGUAAUAGAGAAUCUGUAAGUGAACCAGAUAUGGUGCAUGCCUGCAGGAGGAUCAGAAGUUCAAGGUCAGCUUCAGCAACUUAGCCAGACCUUAUCUGAAAAUAAAAAAAGGGCAGAGGAUAUGACUCAGUGGUAGAGUGCUCCUGGGUUCAAUCCGCAGUACCAAAAAACAAAAAAGCAAGAAUCUUUAAAUAGAUUAGUUUGAGAGGGGACGAGCCAGCAGGAUUCCAAAACAAAAGGGACUCACAAAGGAGCAGUUACACAUUAAUUUUAUCUAUCAUCAGUACAAAAGUGUAAAUAUCAUAUGAGGAAAGGUUAUACCCUUCUGAGAUGUCUUUCUUAGAAAUAGUCAUUAUUCUAUUUUAAGUAAUGUAAUGACCGGGCAAUAGGAGGAUCAGGAUUUAUAGGAAAGAUCUUAUAAGAGCAAUUUUUUUUUCUUUUUUUGCAUGGUACUAGGAUUGAACCCAGGGGUGCUCUACCACUGAGAUAUGUCCCCCUAUCCCUUUUCAUUAUUUAGAGUCAGGCUCUCACUAAGUUCCCCAGGUUGGCCUCAAACUUGUGAUCCUCCUCAGCCUUCAGAGUAGCUGGUAUUAGAGCUGUGUGCCACCAAAGCCUAGCAGCAUUAAUUGAAAUAAAAAUUAUUAGCAAGUUGAAUAUCCAAUGAUAGGUGAUUGAGUAUUGAUAUAUUCUUAAAUUGGAAUAAUUUGCUGUCAUUGCAUUCAUAUUUUAAGAAUUUUGGAAAAUGUUCAAGAUUACAAAACUGUACUUUAUGAUCUGUGGUGUAAAAUGACAUUUGGGAAUGGUACGCACUAUUAUGAUUUCAGUGUAUCUGGGUUGUGGGAAUAUAGGCAAAUUUUAAGAUUAUGUAUUAUAUACAUUUAUGUCUUUUGUGUGUUUAUUACACAUGUGGAAAGAUACACAGAAAAAUAGCUAGGAAGAAAAAUGCAUCCAACUGUUAAUAGUGGUUACAUUUUGCUAUUAUAAUUGCUGGUUUUAAAAAUUCCUCUGAGUAUGAUCUCAGAUUUUAGAAACUACCAAUAAGAAUUGUUUUAGGGUUGGGCAUGUGGCUCAGUGGUAUAGAGUGUUUGCCUACCGUGCUUUAGGCCCUGGCUUCAAUCCUUAGCACCACAUAAAAACUUUUUAAGAAAAGAAUUGUUUUAAAUGUCUUUUGCUUAGUUUUCUGGUUUUUUUUCUUCCCAUCUGCUUUUCUAUCCAGACCUAUUUUUAAUGUAUGACUGCUCUGCUACUAUGUGUUCUACAGAUAUCAUCCUAUUUUGAUAUACCUGCACAUAUUUAUUACUUCCCCAUGUGGUCAUAUGUUUGACUUUAAUGUUGUUAGAAUAUAUCAUACACCUUUGAGAAUGGGUAUCUCAUAAUUUUAACAUGUAGAGUGAUUUUCCAAUGAGAAUUAUAACAUCUUCAUAUUUUCUUUUACACUUUAUCCUCUCCAAAUCCUGUGACCAAAAUUAAAAGCCACUGUAUUUUACAGAUAGGAAGCCCUGCAGUGAUUCAUGGUCCCACAGGUAAUACGAACAAACCAAUGCAAACCCAAAUCCCCAUAUGAAAAGGCAAAGCCCUUCUCAUUCUGCUCUUGGUGAUUGCUACUGGAUACUCAUUUUCUGUUUUCUUCUUUUUUGCCCCACUCUUUUUCACUAGU